AAGAAGAAAAUAAAGUUGCAGUGCUGAGAUGGCUGGAGCAGUAGCAGGUUGUAAGAAUCAGAGAUGGUCUCUUCAGGGCAUGACGGCUCUUGUGACUGGUGGAACAAGAGGCAUAGGAUUUGCUGUGGUGGAAGAACUGGCAGCACUUGGGGCAGUAGUUCACACAUGUUCCAGGAACCAGCCAGAGCUUAAUGAAAGGUUGCAAGAAUGGCAGACCAAAGGGUUUAAAGUGACUGGUUCUGUUUGUGAUCUCUCAUCUAGAGAUCUCAGAGAGAAGCUUAUGCAGACUGUCUCCUCUGUUUUCCACGGAAAACUCAACAUCCUUGUGAAUAAUGCAGGAAUUACAAAACUCAAAUCCUUCGAGGAACAUAAUCUGGAAGACUACACAACAGUGAUGAGUACAAACCUUGACGCUCCUUAUCAUCUUUCUCAGCCUGCGUAUCCCUUCCUAAAAGCAUCUGGAUAUGGAAGCAUUGUGUUUAUCUCCUCUGUAGCUGGUUCAUUGGCCCUCCCUGGUUUAUCUGCCUAUGCUGCAUCUAAAGGAGCUAUCAACUAAUUAACAAAGAACUUGGCAUGCGAGUGGUCAAAGGAUAACAUUCGGGCCAACACUGUUUCACCAUGGGGUGUCAAAACCCCGAUCGAAAGAGCAAGAGAUAAGUUUGGAAAUAAUUGCAGAAAU